AUGGCUCGUGGUGAUAAUCAAAAUGAUGAUGAUGAUUUCAUGGAUCCACCAAAGCAUAAUCGGGCAACUGGACGGAGAAAAGAGGGUGAUGAGAAGAAGAAACGUAUUCGCAACAGAGCCUCCCAAGAACGAGUGACUACGUUGACUGACAGAUUUACCGACGAUCAGAAGGGAGCUGCUGCUGAGAUGGGUAUGCAGGCUCUGAUGAAUGUCCGGUGCACGAACCUUGUCAACCCUGUAUGCGACUGGCUUGGUGAGAUUUACGACCCCGCCUCCAGGAAAUUUGUGAUUCCGGGACGUGGAAGACUACCGUUGAACGAGGAAUCCGUGUUCUGCACUUUGGGUGUGCCUCGUGGACAUAUCAAAGUCCCGUACGAGGUCAAUAACAAGAUCGAGGAAGCGCUGUUCCCCCGUUUGUUUCCUGGGUUGGAAUCCAUGUCGAACACGUCUGCACUGGCAGAUUCGCUGGAGGCCAUGACAACCCAUGGAGAUGUUUUUAAGAUGAAGCUACUCAUGUACCUCAUCUCAGCUGUUUUCACGCCGACCACUUCUCUUCGCCCAAGCAACAAAUGCUUCCCCAUCCUGGCGGAUCUGAAAAAUGUGAAGAACAUGAAUUGGUGUAAGUUUAUUGCCGACUUCCUGCACGAUGCAUUCUCAAGCAAGAUGUACCAAAAGGGUUGUCGACUGCAUUUAAUGCUCAUGUACGUCGACUGUCUUGAUCUGUCCACCGUGGAUUUCACUGGGACAGGAGGCCCGCCGCCUACGCACAAGUUUGCUGUUUCUGCAUGGACUAUCAACGCUGUCAAGGCUGUGUUUGCCGCAGACAGGGUAACUGAUACCAAAUAUGGAAAACUGCAGCUGAUGGCCAAGCAUGCUAUAGACUACAGCGUGUUUGGGGGGCCUCAAAACUUUGGAAAGUGGAUGGACGUGCACUCAGCUCCGUCUUGCCCUACUGAGGCGAGGGCACCUGUUGAGCAUCUAAUUGGGAAGUUUACAUCCGGAAUGACCGGCUUGCUCGGGAAGUUGGUUGAGGGUUCCCAAGAGCCUGCUGACACACAAGAUGAACUAGAUGGAGACGCUGGUCUCAGCAAGGAUGACGACGAUGACAUGGAGAACGUGCAACAGGACACUGAUGAUGAUGAACAUGCUGAAGUUCGUGCAGGUGGUAACAAGGGCAAGGAUGCACCAGAUGUCCCCCCACCGGAGAAAGUCAAAGAACAUACGGUUGCGAGAGGCGAGGGGGUGUUGCCAUCAAAGAGGGGGAGGGCUCCAGAGGAUGUUGGGCAGGGUUCUCCUGGCAAGAGGUCUAGGACCGAUCCCGUAGCUGCCAGGAGGAGUGAGCCGACAGCUACUGGACGAGCAGUUACGAAGAAAUAG